GGAAGUUUGCUCUAGCCGCGUCGUCUAACAGGGACUCUAUGGUGUAACCGGGACCGGAGCGCUCCGGAGGGGUAAAAAAAAAACCCUAAAAGACCCCAAAAAGGGACAGAUUGGGUCUGGGGGCUCUCGGGGACGCCCCCCCCCCCCCGGGUCCCCUCGCCGCCAUGGCGCAGGGCCGCGGGGUCAACAGUCUGCGCUUCAACCAGGACCAGAGCUGUUUCUGUGUUGCCAUGGACUCCGGGGUUCGGAUCUUCAACGUGGAGCCGCUGAUGGAAAAGGGGCACCUGGAUGCAGAGCAGGUGGGCAGCGUGGGGCUGGCGGAGAUGCUGCACCGCUCCAACCUGCUGGCCAUCGUGGGGGGGGGCAGCAACCCCAAAUUCCCCGACGUCUCAGGUUCGUUAGCGCCUUAAUUAGCUUAAUGAGCUCCUUAAUUG